CGCCAUCUGAACUAAAACUUGUAGAUGUCGCUAGAGUGGAUUACAAUAGAGAGCAGUUUGAUGUUAGUGGUGUCUGUAGCUUUUCAUUCUUUUGUUUGAGUGAUUUGAUUACGUUGCUAAUAAUUAUACAUUGUUUGGAAUUAGAAUAUUAAGAUAGAAAUCUAUUCUAAUCUUGUUACCUAGCCUUAUUGGAAAAAUGCAGAUUUUUGUAAAAACUCUCACAGGAAAGACCAUCACGUUAGAGGUCGAAGCAUCUGAUACGAUAGAAAAUGUCAAGGCUAAAAUACAAGAUAAAGAAGGGAUUCCUCCUGAUCAACAAAGACUUAUCUUUGCUGGCAAACAAUUGGAAGAUGGAAGAACUUUGUCUGAUUAUAAUAUUAAAAAAGAAUCCACUCUUCAUUUGGUAUUGCGACUUCGCGGAGGCAUGCAAAUUUUUGUAAAAACUCUUACAGGCAAGACCAUCACUUUAGAAGUUGAAGCAUCAGAUACGAUAGAAAAUGUAAAAGCAAAGAUUCAAGACAAAGAAGGGAUUCCCCCUGAUCAACAAAGACUUAUCUUUGCCGGGAAACAAUUAGAAGAUGGAAGAACUCUUUCAGAUUAUAACAUUCAGAAAGAAUCUACUUUACAUUUGGUAUUGCGACUUCGCGGAGGCAUGCAAAUUUUUGUAAAAACUCUUACAGGCAAGACUAUCACUUUAGAAGUUGAAGCAUCAGAUACGAUAGAAAAUGUAAAAGCAAAGAUUCAAGACAAAGAAGGGAUUCCCCCUGAUCAACAAAGACUUAUCUUUGCCGGGAAACAAUUAGAAGAUGGAAGAACUCUUUCAGAUUAUAACAUUCAGAAAGAAUCUACUUUACAUUUGGUAUUGCGACUUCGCGGAGGCAUGCAAAUUUUUGUAAAAACUCUUACAGGCAAGACUAUCACUUUAGAAGUUGAAGCAUCAGAUACGAUAGAAAAUGUAAAAGCAAAGAUUCAAGACAAAGAAGGGAUUCCCCCUGAUCAACAAAGACUUAUCUUUGCCGGGAAACAAUUAGAAGAUGGAAGAACUCUUUUAGAUUAUAAUAUUCAAAAAGAAUCUACUUUACAUUUGGUUUUGCGUCUUCGUGGAGGCUCAAAUACUUGAAUCAAAGGAUUAUAAAUCCUUAUGUAGUAACAUUUAGUAAACGUCGUAGUAUAUCAACUGAUAGUAACUUAUACGUUUUUUAUAUUUAUUUAAAAUCGUUAUUUAUAUAAUGUAUGAUACGGUUUAAACGAAAAUCGUAAUAAAUGUGAGCAUGAGCAUUAAUCAUAUGCAAAUGUGCAUGUGCUCCAUAUAUAUAAACAUUAA